ACACCGUUUUAUCCAACCCCGGCCAAUAUACAUCAACUCAAACGGGCCGGGGCUGCCGACUCAGUGAGUUAAGCUCGAUCGCUCGCCGUAAACGAUGGUUCCAGAAUCGUUCUUAUACAGCUUCGUAGCUCGGGGGACGGUGGUGCUGGCUGAGUCGCACACCGAGUUGCCCGGAAACUUCCGGCAGAUUGCCCUGCAACGCCUCCAGGAACUCCCUUCCUCCGCCGACAGAUUCACUUACAACUAUCAUCGCCAUACUUUCACCUUCCUAAUUGAAGAUGGCUACACUUACUGUGCCGUCGUGAAUGAAUCGGUCGGGACGCAACUUUCCAUUGCAUUUCUGGAGAAUGUAAAGACAGAUUUCAACAAAAUAUAUGGCGGCGGGGGCAAAGCUGCAGAUACAGCUGCUCUGAAUAAGGAGUUUGGGCCGAUUAUGAAAGAGCAGAUGCAGUAUAUUAUCACUCAUGCCGACGAAAUUGAGAAACUGCAGAAACUUAGAGCCCAAGUUUCUCAAGUUAAAACUGUUAUGCAUGACAAUAUUAUCAAGACUCUUGAAAGAGAAAGGAAUAUAACAAAUCUGGCAGACAAGGCGGAUGAACUACAUGAUUCGGCUCAAACAUACAAAGGAAUAACGAAUCAAAUUCAUCGCAAGAUGUGGUGGCAGAACAUGAAAAUGAAGUUGGUUGUGAUUGGAAUUAUGGUCAUCUUGGCGUUCGUAAUUUGGCUUUCUAUUUGCCGUGGCUUUAAUUGCACCAAUUAGCUUAUCCAUUCAGACACAAUUACACCAACUUCG